UUCAAUUUUUUCAUGUGGUAAGUCUACUAUAUAUAGUAGUUAAUUGCAGAAGGAAGCUCAAGAUCGAUUUAGGAAUACAAGUAACUUGGUUAUUGGUUUGGUGAAGAAAAGUGAAGUGAAGUGAAGUGAAGUGGUGGUAUAAUGGCUGGAAGUGAUGAAGAGUUGACCCUUCUGGGAGUUGUGGGAAGCCCAUUUCUGCACAGGGUUCAGAUCGCUCUCAAAUUGAAGGGAAUAGAAUACAAAUACAUUGAAGAUGAUUUGAACAACAAGAGUGAUCUUCUCCUCAAGUAUAACCCAGUUUACAAAAUGAUUCCUGUGCUCAUUCACAACCAGAACCCAAUAUCAGAGUCCCUUGUCAUUGUUGAGUACAUCGAUGACACAUGGAAGCACAACCCUAUCUUGCCUUCGGAUCCUUACCAGAGAGCCUUGGCUCGUUUCUGGGCUAAGUUCAUCGAUGACAAGUGUGUGGCUCCAGCAUGGAAAUCUGCGUUCAUAGUUGAUGAGAAAGAGAAAGAGAAGGCUGUAGAAGAGUUAUUUGAGGCUCUUGGGUAUCUUGAGAAGGAGCUGAAGGGGAAGUUUUUUGGUGGGGAUGAGAUUGGGUUUGUGGAUAUUGCUGGAGUGUUCAUACCUAUUGUUCAAGAGAUUGCAGGGUUGCAAUUGUUCUCAAGUGAGAAAUUUCCAAGGUUAUAUAAAUGGAGCCAAGACUUUCACAACCAUCCACUUGUGAACCAGGUUCUGCCUCCAAAAGACCAACUUUUUGCCUAUUUCAAGGCUCGGGCUCAAAGCCUAGCUGCUAAAAGGAAAAAUUAGUACAUUAAUAUAGUCAGACUCCAUUCCAAACAAUGUUAAUUUCAAUUUCAAGUUUGUACCUUCUCAAAGCUACUUGUACGCGUGGUUAUGUUUUCCUUUUAAAAUCCAAUCCUAUGAUGUUGAAAUUUCCGAUAUUUCAAUUCAAUCAAUAAAAUAUGUAAUAUGUGGGUAAGUAGUACUAAUUAAAUGGUACUCCUUCUACACUAAAA